AUGGCCGCCUCCUCCGCGCGGCCCGCCGUGCUGGCGCUGACCGGGCUGGCGCUGCUCCUGCUGCUGUGCCUGGGCCCAGGUGGCAUAAGUGGAAAUAAGCUCAAGCUGAUGCUUCAAAAACGAGAAGCUCCUGCUCCCCCUGAGACUAAAGUGGCCGUUGAUGAGAACAAAGCUAAAGAGUUCCUGAGUGGCCCGAAGCGCCAGAAGCGGCAGCUGUGGGACCGGAGCCGGCCCGACGUGCAGCAGUGGUACCAGCAGUUCCUCUACAUGGGCUUCGACGAGGCGAAAUUUGAAGAUGACAUCACCUAUUGGCAAAACAGAGAUCGAAAUGGACACGACUACGGCGAUCACUACCAGCGUGACUAUGAUGAGGACUCGGCCAUCGGUCCCCGGAGCCCCUACAGCUUUAGGCAUGGAGCCAGCGUCAACUACGACGACUACUAGCCGUGACUUGCCGCGCAGUGUGCAGGAGGCUGGUAGUGAUUCUCUUCACGAAUCUCACAGCGCCUUGCACUGUUUGGUUUCUGUUUUGCUUUAUUUCUAUCCACUUUGUGUGACCAGAAAGGAAGAGUUAAAACAGAGACUAUAAAUGCCUUUUGAUAUUUCAUGCAAGUAUCUAACAAUGCAUCUCAUUUAAAAAUAGAAAUAAAAGCAUUUUGUGAAAAAGAAA